UGGCAGACCAACAAACAGAUCAACCAAUCUAUAAAACAUUUACUGCAAACAUAUAUAUACUUUCGUUGGACACUGUAAUACUCACAAAUGCGCACAGCGUAAAGGCCAUUCUUUUCUAUCCGCGUUUGAUAAAGUAGGAGAAGUUCAUACCAACGUUGACAAGGAUCUCACAAUCAUGGCGGACCCAUUGAGUUUGCUAAGGCAAUAUAAUGUUAAUAAAAAAGAGAUAAUCGAACGCGAAAAUCAAAUAAUCUUUGGAGAGUUCUCCUGGCCGAAAAAUGUGAAAACUAAUUAUUUAACUUAUGGAUCUGGCAAAGAAGGAACGCCAAAGGAAUAUUAUACUCUUGAGUGCCUCUUGUUUUUACUCAAACAUGUACAACUUACACAUCCUGUGUAUGUACGGCAAGCAGCUGCAGAGAAUAUACCAGUGGUACGAAGACCUGAUAGAAAAGAUUUAUUGGCAUAUCUCAAUGGUGAGACUGCUACAUCAGCCGCCAUAGACAAAUCUGCUCCUUUGGAAAUUCCUACUCAAGUUAAAAGGACAUCUGAAGAUGGAUUGGAAAGUGGGCCCUCUAAAAAGCCACGUUUCGAAGAGACUCAUGUCCAGAAAGUUAAAGAGCAACUUGCUGCCAGGCUGGAUGCUCCAAAGGAAGCUUCUGUCACAGUGGAUAACAUUAAGUCCCUUUCUGAGGCAAUGUCUGUUGAAAAGAUUGCAGCUAUCAAGGCUAAACGUUUAGCUAAAAAGCGUACCACAAUUAAAGAAAACGAUGAUAUUGGAAUGGGAUCUGAUUUGCGUGUUAUAUUGAUGGAUGUUGAUGAUACGAAAGAUAUAGUUUCUAGAGAAAGACAAUGGAGAACACGCGCGACUAUUUUACAGAGUGGCGGAAAAAUAUUUGCGAAGAAUAUAUUCGCAAUUCUUCAGAGUAUUAAAGCUCGUGAAGAGGGCAGACAGAAAGGUCCUGCUGCGCCAACACCUAUAGUUACCCCACGCUCCACACCCAUGCGCCCGUUACCGCAGCCAGCUGUUUACAAUCGAUACGAUCAGGAAAGGUUUAUCAGACAAAAAGAAGAGACAGAAGGAUUCAAAAUCGACACUAUGGGCACUUAUCACGGCAUGACUCUAAAGUCUGUGACAGAAGGCACUAAUCCAGCUGUUAGAAAACCGCCAAGUAAUCCUUCCACGACUCCUAGUUCCGGCUUGCUACCGACUUCCGCUGCUAAACUUACAGCGCAGCAAGCGGCACAGAAUAAGCGUCCUAGCAGAACUCCUAUCAUCAUCAUUCCAAGCGCAAAUACAUCACUGAUCACGAUGUAUAACUCGAAAGAUAUACUACAGGAUCUGAAAUACAUCAGUAACGAAGAAAAACGUGCACAAGGCUGUAAACGAGAGAACGAGGUCCUUUUGCAACGAAGAAAGGAAGGCGGGCUCACGGUGCCAUACAGGGUAGUAGAUAAUCCACAAAAACUUACAAAUGCAGACUGGGAAAGGGUCGUGGCGGUAUUUGUAAUGGGUCCAGCUUGGCAAUUCAAGGGUUGGCCUUUCGAUGGUAACCCUGUUGAAAUUUUUUCAAAAAUUUGUGCAUUUCAUUUAAAAUACGACGAAAUGAGGCUAGAUACAAAUGUGGCACGUUGGGCAGUAACAGUGAUAGAACUAAGCAGAACAAAAAGACAUUUGGAUCGGGCAGCAUUAAUGGUAUUCUGGGAACAUCUUGACAAGCAUAUGAUUAAAAACAAGCCACAUCUUCGAUUUUAAACUUGAUCCUGUUCAAGACCACGGUUAUCGUUAACAUGGGUGCACGAUUUUUGCUAGCUUACACGCUGAGACAUUGUAUAUAUUACUGAGCAAAUCAACAUGUACAUACAUAUAUACAGACAUAUGAAUAUUCGAAAAAUGCAAAAAUUUGUCGCGUGUAUACCCAUUACAAGAGCUUGGCAAUAAAUUAAGACUAAUCCUCACAUGUUCACCCAAUGAACAUAUAUUCGUAGUAGGACAUACAUGAGAAACAAUUCAUACGCGUAACUUUGUUAAUCUUUCGAUUCGAUUUUACAUAGUAUUUUGGAUUGCAAGAUUAAUAUCCUCAUGUAACGUUCACGUAGUAAAGUUCUUACUAUGGUAUCGAUUACUCUAGUAUAAACUGAUGUGCCUAUUAUUAAGCGAGCAACAGCAAGCAUUAUUCUUAAAUAUAUGGAACGUAAGAAAGAUUGUGUUUCGUAUAUCCGUACAUGUACCAAAAACAAAGCAACACGAACGACUGAUAAAGAAAGAGGUAGAGAGAAGAAAAGAAAAUGUUCACGGGGUGGUACAUCCCGUGAAACGUAUAUUACAGAACCAAAUAAAAAAUAACUAGUAUAUAUCGCUUAUGUA